GCUAGACAUAAGAAGACCAAGACCCCAAGAAUUGUUGGCCAACCUUUGCCCAUCCACAGACUUAUCGAAGUUUUGGAUCAUAAGUCAUUGCAAACUUUAUUAGAAGAUUUGGUCAAGAUUCAUCCAGAAACUGCUAAUACUAUUCAUAAAUUAUCACCAAAACCUUGUACUAAGAGUUCUAUUGCUUUAAUCAGGGAGAAAUUCGAUAAUAUCAUAAAUCAUUUACCUUAUAAAUGCGAUGUUGAAAGCGAUUAUUCGUAUCUAAGAGUUAAACCUUAUAUAAAUGAGUUUUUAAACUGUUUGUCUGAUUUCAUAUUAAACUUGUUACCUCCAAUUGAAACAAACAUUUCUCGUUCGGUUGAAUUCUUGGAUAUGAUUACUAACUUAAUCCACGAAUUACCUAAUUUUACUAAUCAUGAAUUUCAAUAUACUAGAUCUAUGGCUUAUGAACAAAUUUCCAAUACCUGGUUAAUUGUUUUAAGCCAAAGAUUUGAUCAUCCUCUUGACGAUGACUCUAUUGAUUCUGCACUUGUAUCAAAUUCAACUCCUUCUUCUCCUCCUUCCAAUUCUUCAAAUUCUUCUUCUGCUAAUUUGGAAUUGAUUAAAAUUAUUGAAGAUAUGAAUUUACAAAGCUGUUUGGAAAAACAUAAUAAUACCUCUCUUGGUAAAUUUAAACUCGUGAUUGAUUUCAUCAAAUCUGAAUUAGAUAAUUAUGAACAACUUAGCCAAUCUUUGAAUGGUGGCCCUACUAAUAUCUUGAAUGACCUCAUCACGGUUGAUUACUCUAAUUUUGCUAUCACUGCUAGAACUUCUCAU